AUGGCAAUUACUAAAAUUUUAUUUGCUUUUCUCUCUUUAUUCGGAUUGAUUAUUGGAAGAUCGUGGGCAACGCAAAAAUCGGUUGUUCCUGCAAUUUUCAUUUUUGGUGAUUCGACUGCUGAUGUUGGUAAUAACAACUUCUUGUCAAGCUCAGCAAGGGCGAAUUUUCCGCAUAAUGGUAUAGAUUUUGUGCAUCAAAGAGCCACGGGAAGAUUUAGCAAUGGACUCAUCACUGCUGAUUUCUUAGCCAAGAUGUACGGAUUCAAUGGAAGUCCACCACCAUUGUAUUCCAUCACUCGAGGUCAACAAGCCCACAAAGGAGUCAACUUCGCUUCCGCUGCUUCAGGAAUCCUCCAACCUACUGGAAACAAAUUCGGAGAUCGCAUCUCAAUGCCGCGACAGCUUCGCUAUUUUGGACUAGUGCGUGAUUAUUUUGUGAAGCAUUUUGGUGCAACGGAGACAGAGGACCUUUUUGCAAAUUCCAUAUUUUUCAUUAGCACAGGGAGCAAUGACUUGAUAGAAUUUUUCGCGGCUCAUGGAUCUCUCAGUUAUGCUCAGAAGAGUGAAUUCAUUAAAUUGCUCGUGUCCACAUACAAAUUACAAUUGCUGAGAGCGUUCAACGCCACCGGCGGCUGUCUUGAAGGGCUGAAUGAAUUAUCUUACAUGUUCUAUGAGGCCACAAGCAACAUGCUUAAUGAUUUGAGUUGUGAAGUUAAAGGACUCAAGUAUUCACUUGGGAAUUUGUUUGAGAUGGUCAUUGAUUUCUUUCAAAAAGCACCCCUCUUAGGAUUCACUGAGCUCGAGAACGCGUGCUGCGGAGCUGGCAAGUUCAACGGCGAGGCGGCCUGCACUCCGAACGCGACGGUUUGUUCAAACCGUAGCCAGUACUUAUUUUGGGACUCGGCUUGUAAAAUUGCAGCUGGGACCCUCUUCGUGGGGUUAGCUUCAGCUAACGCCCCCGCAAUUUUUGUGUUUGGAGAUUCUUUGGCCGAUGUAGGGAAUAAUAAUAAUUUGAAUGUCCCGUUGGAUAAGCUGGCUAACUUUCCUCCCAACGGCAUUGAUUUCCCCUUGAAGACUCCGACCGGGAGAUUUAGCAAUGGGUAUAAUACCAUUGAUUAUCUAGCCCAGCAAAUGGGGUACAAGCAAAGCCCGCCAUCAUUUCUCUCCGUUGAAAAUGGGGCAAAUAUCUCACAAGGAGUAAACUUUGCCUCCGGAGGCUCAGGGAUUCUUGAUACCACUGGUCCAGCUAUAACCUUCACGGCUCAAAUUUCAAAUUUUAAGAGCGUUAUUUACGAUUUAACGAAACAAAUGGGAAAAGAGAAAGCAGAGGAAUUCAUUUCAAAAUCCCUUUUCUUCAUUAGCGCCGGGAACAACGAUAUGUUUGCUUAUUACUCAACCACCGGAGCUCAAAACAUUACACAAAAUGAACAAUUUGUCACUUCGCUUGUCGAAAAAUUCAGCCAGCACAUAAAGGCAUUGUAUAUAUACGGAGCAAGAAAAUUUGGGACUAUAGGACUUUCACAUAUUGGAUGUAUUCCACUAAUGAGGAGUAAAAAUCCCAUAGGGAAAUGCAAUGAUAAUUUGAAUGGCUUGGCUAGGAAUUUUAAUACGGCUGCCCAAGUUCGGAUGAAUCAACUCGAGUCUAUGUUAAAAGGGAUGAAGUAUUCUUAUGGAAAUGCUUAUGAUUUGAUGUCAAUUGCUAUGGCGACCCCUUUUUUAUUAGGAUACAAGGAUUUUCAGAGUGCUUGUUGUGGCUCCGGGAAGUUCAAUGGUGAGAUCCAAUGCUCACUAAAUACUACGUUAUGCUCGAACCGCGACCAAUAUUUUUUUGGAUCAAUUCGAAUCCAACACAAGCCCAACUUCUAA